AUGUCGUCGGCAGCAGCCGAUCACAGCGACCGUGCAACGGACGGGCACUACACGGUGUGGGAGCUGGCCAGCCGAUACCUGGAGCCCGAGUCGCUGCAGCCCUUCGCCUUGACCUCUAGGAUCCACAGGGACAUCCUCAGGUCGGCGGCCAAGAGCGGCCAGUUCUGGUGUGGCCUGAAGCAGAACGCCCUGCGCGCCGCGGUCCAGAAUUUUGACGACGAGUCGCUGCUGGUGUUGAGGACGCUGGAGGCGUCUCCGCUCGCCUCCGAAGGGACGGAUCAGGCAGCGAAUGAUGCGGAAAGUCCGGCCAGCUCCAGCGGGCCACCCCACGCGUGCACGGAGGAGCCCAUCGUCCGGCGGUUCCUGAGGCUGUGCUACAAACCCCUGCGCCGCGUGGCGCACUGCCAGACGAUGCUCGUGUUCAAAAACGUUCGAGAGGCGGCCUCAGAAGAGGACGCGCCGCUGUGCGCAACCAGGGUGCGUUCCAUGGUGCAGAGGGCCGCGGGGAUGGAUGUCGCAAUCAAGGCCGCGUACAGGAUGGAUGGUGGGGCGGCGUCGUCCGGGUGGCGGUCGUCGAGCUCGGGGGGGCAGCACCACGUGGACAAGAUCGUGGGCGUGAGCCAGGGCAGGCGGGGUGCGCCGCCCAGGGGGCCCAGGCGGCCGCUGUUGGUGGUGUUUCAGAACAGGCGCGACGCGCAACUCGUGUACUCCAGGAGGGGGCAGCUGAGGAAGCGCGACAGGGUGUACCUGGAACGGUGCAGCAUGCCCUGGGACAGCGGCGCCUGGCGGCUGGCGUGGGAGCACGCGGUGUGA